AUGCUCGAGCUGGAGAACUCCUUCGGCAGCAAUACGUGCCGUUGCACCGGCUACAGGCCCAUUCUGGACACCAUGAAAUCCUUCGCAAUCGACGCUAGUCCGCAUCUUUGCGACAAAGUCGAGGACAUCGAGGAGGCAUACUCGUGCAAAGCAAGAACGUGCCGAAGGCUUCCCUCCGUUAACAGCGACGACAGUGAAUGGUGCAUUGUCAACAAUUUGAAAAUUGAUCAGCUGGAACCGCCAUUGAUAUCUUUUAACUUCGGCACGAACAAGUUUUACAAAGCCUUCGACGAGGAGCAGAUCUUCGAUGUUCUAAAUAAUUACGGCUUUGACUCCUACAUGCUAGUAGAUGGAAACACUGCGAAAGGUGUGUAUGAAACCUUCGAAUAUCCUAGAGUAUUAAUCGAUAUAAGUGAAAUAAAAUCAUUGAAGAGUUAUCAGUUCAGUCAGAAUUUGAUCCUCGGUGCCAAUAUCAGCCUUGAGGACUGUAUCACAAUUUUCCGGACCACAGCUAAAUCCAAGAGUGAUUUUUUUUAUCUGGAGGAAUUCGCGAAGCACUUUGAACUUAUUGCCCACAUUCCAAUUAGAAAGAUUGGCUCAAUAGCUGGAAAUUUGAUGUUAAAGUAUAAGAUGCCAGGUUAUCAAUCCGACGUAUUCGUACUUUUCGAAACCGUGCGUGCAACUGUUACGUUACGCAAUUCAAAUAACCAAAAAUCUACCCUAUCAAUGAUUGACUUCCUGAAAUGUAAUAUGCAAGGAAUGUUAAUGUUAAACAUAGAAUUACCGCCUUUCAAUGAAAGCUACAUCUUCAGGAGUUACAAGAACGCUUUGGCUAUCGUAAAUGCCGGUUUCCUUUUGAAAAUGGACGAUAAGAAAAUUAUUGAAGAAGCAAGCAUAGUAUACGGUAAUAUAUCAGGGAAAUUUAACCAUGCAAAACGAACAGAAAACUUCCUAAAAGGGAAGAACGUAUUUAAUAACAAGACACUUCAGAGUGCAUUGAAGGAAUUGUCUGAGGAAAUUGUUCCCGAAAACAGACCACCUGAACCAUCACCUGAUUGUCGAAAGAAAUUGGCCAUAGGACUUUUCUACAAGUUCAUCUUAAACAUCAGUCCUACAGGAUUGCCAUCUCCAAGGUACCGUUCUGGCGGUACGUUAUUCCAAAGGCCGGUUUCCAGUGGCAAGCAAGAUUUCCAAACCGACCCCUCACUGUACCCCCUAAAUCAGCCAGUGGAAAAAUUAGAAGCAUUAAUACAGGCGUCUGGGGAAGCGCGGUAUGUUAACGAUAUACCGCCUAUGCCGCGGGAGAUAUUUGGAGCGUUUGUGAUGGCUACGGUACAUAGCGGUGAAAUUGACGAGAUAGACGCUUCUGAAGUACUGAAAAUUGAAGGAGUUAUUGCUUUAUACACGGCAAAAGACUUCCCCGGCAGAAAUUCAUUCGGGUUUCCUGGUAUUCAACUCCAAACCGAGUACGAGGAAAUCCUCGCAAGCUCUGAAAUAAAAUUCUAUGGACAGCCAGUAGCAAUACUAGUCGCAGAAAGAGAAGCUUUAGCGGCGAGUGCAGCUAAGAAAGUCAGAGUCACCUACAAAAACGUACCAUCUACGCCACCAGUUCUGACCAUAGACGAGGCGAAGAAGUUUACUAAACGAUACGCCCCAAGCGACGCAAAAAUCGAUCCGAAAAAGACUGGCGACAACAUAAAGAAAGUAAUAAAAGGAGUUUACGAGAUAGGAGCCCAAUAUCACUAUUACAUGGAGCCUUUGUCAUGCGUGGUGGUUCCCGUGGAUAAAGGUCUGGAGGUGUACGAUUCAACACAAUGGAUUGAUUUAACGCAAAUCACUAUUGCUCAGUGUUUAGACAUGAAGGAAAGCGAUAUCCUUGUAAAAGUUCGUCGUAUUGGCGGUGGUUUUGGAGGGAAAAUCAGUCGCAACGCCCAAGUUGCUACUGCGUGUGCUCUGGUUGCGAAGAAGACUGAUCGGCCAUGCCGAUUUAUUUUGCCCAUCGAGACAAAUCUUACAAUAGCUGGCCGACGACUUCCGUGCCAGUGCACUUACGAGGCUGGAGUUGACGACGACGGCAAAAUUCAAUAUUUAAACGCUACUAUAGUUGAAGACGACGGGUGUUCUCACAAUGAAAAUAUCUUAAGUUAUACUGCGGGGGGAUUUCCUAACUGCUAUAACACCGACCCCUUUAAGUUGAACACGGCAAGUGUUCUUACAGACCUUCCUUCUAACACCUUCGCCCGAGCUCCAGGCACAUCCGAAGGUAUCGCCUGCAUCGAGAACAUUAUGGAGCACAUAGCUUUCUCUGUACAAAAGGACUCGACUGAUGUACGUCUUGUCAACAUGAAAACAGAGGAUAACGAGAUCCCACAGCUUAUAGAAGAGUUGAAAAAGGACGCAGAAUAUGACAAACGACUUCUAGAAGUCCAGCAGUUUAACAAGGCCAACAGGUGGAUGAAGAGGGCACUCCAGAUCAGCGUGAUGCUGUUCCCGGUCGAAUACUAUGGAAACUAUAGCGCCAUGGUCUCGAUAUACAGGGGCGAUGGCACAGUGACAGUUACCACGGGUGGCAUUGAAAUGGGCCAGGGUCUAAACACGAAGGCCGCCCAAGUGUGCGCUUACGAGCUAGGCGUGCCUUUGGAACUGGUAACGGUCAUACCGAGCUACUCCUUCACGGCGGCGAACAACGUCUUCUCCGGAUCGAGCAUAACCAGCGAAAGCGUCUGCUAUUCGAUUAUUAAGGCGUGCAAGGAACUGAAUCGUAGACUGGAAGCGAUAAAGCAGACGCUGGGCAACGCCACGUGGUUGGAAAUAAUAAAGAAGGCAGGCGAGGAGCUGGUCGAGCUGACCGCCUCGUAUAUGAUGACGGACAAAGAGCCCGACCUGCAGAGCUACAGCGCGUACACAGUCGUAAUUCUGGAGGUACAAUUGGACUUGAUAACUGGAAGAUACGAAUUGCUGCGAGCAGAUAUGCUAGAAGAUGUUGGCCUAAGCGCUAACCCAGCGGUGGAUGUAGGCCAACUAGAAGGUGCUUAUAUUCAAGGGCUCGGAUACUUUCUCACCGAAGACUUCAUAUACGACAAGCUAACGGGUAAACUUUUAACCAAUAGGAGUCUGACUUAUGAAGUGCCACUCGCGAAGGACAUUCCUAUCGACUUCCGGAUAAAGUUCAAAUACAACUCAAAAAAUCCAAAAGGAGUAUUGGGAUCCAAAACCGUCGGUGAAAUGGGCAUAUGCACGGCGCACGGCGUCACACAUGCCCUCCGUAAAUGCAUUUACGAGUCGCGUAAAGAAUCGGGCUACGACACGAACGAAUGGAUUAAUAUAGAUCACCCGUACAACACGCAGUCUAUACUCAAAGCAUUAGCUGUGAAAUUGGACGAAUACGUUCUUACA